AUGACUGGAAAAGCAGCUUAGGAGCUGGCUUCUGGGUUGCUGCAGGGCAAUUGGUAUACCAUCAAUGCAUAAGCCAUAAAGAAUGGUGCCAGGAGUAUUUCUUAUUGUGGAUUUUGGAAGAGCUUCUGAUUGCCACUCCAAUGUGGGUAUAAUUGUUUUGGUGACAACCAUUUUCUCACACUGCAAGAGGUUAGGUAUCUGAUUGUUAAUGGAAUGCCUAUAAGUUCACCAUGGUUCAUGUCUCUUUCUCACUGCAUUGGUAACUGUUGAUCAAUGGCCGUGGUGCUACUGUGUUUUCUGACUUGUAACAAAGUUUCUGAGCUCUGUCCAACGAUGUUUUUGAAAUCUGUGACUGGCUGAAGAUGACCAAGUGCUAGAACGGAAGCAACCAGCCAGCUACUAAUCAUCCUAACCAAUAUGAGAAACGGCAUGAGUUUUUUCUUGGAAUCACUCUUCUUUCACCUUACAAGUUACAGCCUUAUUCCACCCCACUCGUGUACAGCAGAGACUGGUCGUUAACAGCUCAAAGCAGGAUGAACGGCUUUUUUCUGGUCUCUAAAAUUAUCUCCCAUGGCAAAAGUUCAGAAGAACCCUCGCAUCCUCUGCCCUAAAUCGUUUCCUAACUGGGACUGACAGGAGAGUAAAUGCACUUAACUAUUAUAGCAAGCUUAUGAAGACUUGAAGGACUUCAGCUUUUCAAUCUCUAAGCUGGGUUGAAUCAUUAAGAAUGAGUUGCACAUGCCCAAAACUCAUUGGAUGAGAUCACUGUCAUGGCAUUAACGCCAGCCACUGAACGCAAAAGGGUACACACUUAAAUGUUGAUCACUUGCACGAUAUUCCACCAUGAUUUCAUCGGGUGAUUUGGUAGGCUCUUGCCAUAACUGUUAGACGAUUAGGGUGGUCAGUGGCCAAAGUUUAUGCUGGCUUUAGUCUCAUGUUAAACAGAAAGGACACAGUGUAUUUGGCUGAAGAGACGGAGAAAAAACCAUAAUAUAAAUCUAUUUUUAUACUAAUUUUAAAAUAAAUUCACAUUUUCUUAAAAUUAAAAAUAUAAAAAAGCAUGUCACUUCUAUCUCCAGUAUUUAUGUUUAAUUAACUUCAUUUCAAGCUGAUGCUUCAAUAAAUCAGGCCCAUUUGAAGUGUAUAUCAGUCUUUCAGAUGAACAUGUUCUUGAGUAGACAAACCACAUUUGAACUGUUAAAAAGGGAAAAUGUCAGAUGGGAUUCAACUACUACUCGCAGAGCAUUAAUGGUAGGGCAUUUGGUGUCACGUUAUCUGACUGGGACAAAUAUUUCUCAUCACUUGCUAGACCUAUAAAUACCCCACACCACAUUGAGUUUUCAAUGCACCAACUAUCAAAAAGAGAUGGGCUCUUCUCCAUUACUCUCUUUCCUUGUUCUCACUUCUCUGAUGUUCUUGUUCGUCACCCUUUCCCAUUCUUCACAGUACGAUGUUGCUCAAGAACCAGCGCCUCCUGUUACGUCCAGGAAAAUCUCUCGCGAUUCUGAGAAAGUCACAAUGUCUUUAUAUUAUGAAUCUCUUUGUCCAUAUUGCAGCAGUUUCAUUGUAGGUCCCCUAGCUCAGGUCCUGGAGACUGAUCUCAUGACCAUUCUCAAUCUCAGACUGGUUCCAUGGGGAAAUGCUAUUCUAGACUCCAACAAUACCAUUGAGUGUCAGCAUGGGGAAGAUGAAUGCUAUCUGAACAUCAUACAUACUUGUGCCAUCAACCUCUGGCCUGAUUUGAAGAAGCACUUCAAUUUCAUCAAGUGUAUCGAAAAGCAAUAUAAAGCUCGUGAUAGAAAUGGAGCAGAAGAAUCCUGGGAAGUAUGUUCUGGUAAAUUGAGACUGUCUACACAAUCCAUCAAGAAAUGCUAUGACAGUGGACAUGGAAAAAAGCUUGUCCUACAAAAUGGAAAGGAAACAGAUCAUCUCAGACCGCCUCACGAAUACGUGCCAUGGGUGGUUGUAGAUGAUACACCUCUCCUCGAUGACUUUGUGAAUUUCAUUCACUAUGUUUGCAAGGCAUACAAAGGCAAGUCUUUGCCCAAGACUUGCAGUUUACAUCCCAACACCUCAAUUAACAAGGACACCUCACUCCAAUCAGCCUGUCAUGCAAGUGAAGCAAGGUCAGGUGACAGUUCAGGGAAGCACCAGAUGAAGAUGGAACCCCUUGCAUGA